GUUAUUCACGGUGUACGAAUCGAAACAGUUGAGACAACAGCGACUUCAUUUGAUCAUGCGCCGCAGCAGCUAGAAAACUCAUUAAAUCAUGAUCAUCAGCAACAUCAUUCAAGACGGAAAAAACGCAGUACGGUUGAAAGACCACUACGAAUUUCUUUAGUCUAUGAUGAAUCCGUUCUUGGUCUGGACACUGACAAAUUCAUUUUGAUUAAUGAUACUGUACUACCGGAGGCAAUACAAUUUUGGGAGCAAGCAUUAAUGGUGCGACAAACUAAAGGUCCCAUAAGGCUUAACAGGAAAUGCAACAGUACUAAGGUUUUUGUUAAAAAUGGCUUAACACAUUGUAUAGAUAAUUGUAAAUCGAUAACCAUGUGUGGUGAGGUGGAGGUGCCCGAAGAACAUUUGGAUGUGUGUCGAAUUUGUAAUGCCACUGGACAAAAUUGUCGGGUGGAGGAAUCAACUCAAGCCGGUGAGGGUAUAGAAGAGGCUGAUUUCGUCUUUUAUGUCUCAGCAAGACAGACGGAACGUUGUCACAAGGGUCUGACAGUGGCUUAUGCUGCUCAUUGUCAACAAGAGGCUACUUUAGAUCGUCCCAUAGCGGGUCAUGCUAAUUUGUGUCCCAAUAGUAUAAGCACAAAACCUCAGGAACUGCAAACACUGAUAUCAACCGUUAAGCAUGAGAUCUUACAUGCUUUGGGUUUCUCCGUGAGUCUAUUUGCUUUCUUUCGAGAUGAUGAGGGUAAGCCAAGAACACCGAGAAUACCGGAUACGGGUAAACCACAUUUAAAUGAAAUCCUACAAAUACAUCAGUGGAGUAAUGACACCAUACGCAAAGUGGUUAGAGAUAACUGGUCGGUACGCAAUGGUCAUGUGCGCAAAGAAAUCGAUAUGAUGGUGACUCCCAGGGUAGUGCAAGAAGUACGCAAACAUUUUAAUUGUGAUCUAUUGGAGGGUGCCGAGUUAGAAGAUCAGGGAGGUGAGGGUACUGCUUUAACUCACUGGGAGAAACGUAUUUUAGAGAAUGAGGCCAUGACUGGAACCCAUACUCAAUCACCUGUAUUUUCACGCAUCACAUUAGCUUUAAUGGAAGACUCGGGCUGGUAUCGAGCUAAUUAUAGUAUGGCCAGUCCUUUAUCUUGGGGUCGUGGUUUGGGCUGUAAUUUUGUUAUGCGCAGCUGUAAAGAUUGGAUACAAUUGAAUAAUGCCAAGGGCCGCUCUAUACAUCUUUGCUCCAAGGUGAAACAAGAUCCUCUUCAAACUGAAUGUACUGAUGAUCGCAAUUCCGUGGCGUUGUGCAAUUUAAUUAGACAUGAAUAUAGGUUACCGGAACAGUACCAGAAUUUCGAUAGUAUUAACAUAAAAGAUGGCGAUGAAGUUUUCUAUGGAGGAUCCGUGUCAUUGGCCGAUCAUUGUCCCUAUAUACAGGAAUUUACUUGGCGCAAUAAUAAUAUAACAAUACGAGGAUCACACUGUCAUUUUGUGGAAAAUAAUCCCAGU